UAAAAUAUACCUAUAUGGCGGUUGACGAGUGAUCGAUAGAUUAAAAAAGUUCAGUUCAUACCGCUAAAAUGAAUUUUAAGUGUUGCAUUGGUUUUAUUCUCGCCUAUGAGUCACAUUGCGAAGAUCGAUUGUGGUGAAGUGAUUAAUUUAGUGUUCGACUCCAUUAUCGGCAUGUCGUGAUACAUGACAUAAAGGGGUCAACGUGAUGAGGGGACAACUCGUGAAUUCCAUGGGGAAUUUAUGAACAUCCUGGAUUGUCCUGGGUUUUUCAACAAUUUCAUUUGACUCAUUGUCAGUGAAGCGGUUUUGAUCAUGUCACUUCUAAAUGUAACUGUGAAGAAAGCCAGAUUUGUUGGAGUACAAGCUCAACAAUUCAAUAGCUAUGUGACGUUGAAGUUGCAGAAUGUUAAAUCAACGACAAUUACAGUUAAAGGGGCUCUUCCAUGUUGGGAACAGGAUUUCCUAUUUGAAACAAACGACAUUAAUACUGGGCUUCUGGUUGAAGUGUGGAGUAAAGGAAUGAUUUGGGAUCGAGCAUUAGGAUAUCAAUAUAUACCGUUGUCCGAUGUUUCUCAUGCUAAUGAGACCGACUGCGAACAAUGGAUGAGUCUCGAUUCAGAAUUGGAGAUGAGGGGAGGCCAGGUUGUUGGUACCAAAUCACCGACCGGCCAUUCACUUCUCCUUGCUUGUCGUUUUGAACAACCUUUCGAUCCAGAGAAUACACGAGGUGCUGAUCUUCAACGAAAGCUUGAAAUGUUGAAUACCACAAUGGACCAAGAGGUACGCGCCGAGCAAGCGAGGAGGCAGAUUCUCUACAACAUUGGACACUCUGGCUACUCCGAGGACUCUGAUUACACAUCAGAUCUGAAUUAUCCAGUGGGGGGUCAAGGUGCAAACAGUUCAGCAUCUCAAUUUCGUUCAGCGGCAAAUCAGCUUGCAACACCACAACGCUCAUUGGAGACAUCUCGAGAGAACAGCUAUGAACGUGAUGAUCAUCAGAUUUCGGCGAGUAUUGGGAGCCGUAUUGGUGGAGUUUAUGAAUAUGGUGGUCGAGGACACAGUCCAAGAUAUGAGCAGCCUUGUACUGAUCAAGCUCCACUGCCUAGAGUAUUGCCUCAAGCUAGUGGAGAGUCUUCCGAGCCAUUAUUUUAUAACAGCCGACCAAGACAUUACAAAGAAUACAGAAGGCGGAAACACACUUGGGAUUACGAGGACAGUCAAGAUGGCUGGUACAGCGAGGGAUACGAUUAUCAAGCGACAAGAAUCGAUGAUACAAGAAUAUGUAGUGAUACUGAGUUUUAUCCAAGUGUCAACGCAAGUUAUAAGAGAAAAAUUCCACACAGGAGACCAUCGCUCGAGCGACAAACAACUCUUUAUGAUGAGAUGUAUUAUGGAACAGACACGUACAUGAAUGAUCUUAGUGCAUCAGAAAUGAGUGCCAUGUAUCCAGUAUUCAAGGGAGAUAACAAACCAGAUGAUUAUUACAACAAUAUUACCAGUUAUGCUUACGAAGCCGAAAGAUAUGGUCAAGAUGAUGAGGAUCGACAAUGGGAUAGCGGAGGAAGAUCGUACUCAGGAGCCAACGUACAUCAUCGAAACAAUCGUAAUCGAAAGACAUUACCUCAGAGACCGGCAUCAUCCAUUGGUAUCCAAAGACCUAAUUAUCGUUCAACAGUUACACGACAGACAAGUUAUGGAUCUGACGAACUCGAUGAUAGUAUUCAUAAUACCCACUGGCGUAGAAGUUUCCAAUCUGAGCAUCGUUCAGGAUUUUUGCAGGAUCGAAGUAGUACUGGAAAAAAACUUCCCCCAACGCCAUCAAAGUCUAGCAAUUCUGUGGGUGGAAGAAAGCCACUAUCAUUGCCAGCAACACCAGGUCGACAACUACCCCGAACUUAUUCUUCAUCGGUUGAAGAUUAUUAUACACAACAAAAUUACAAUGAAGACUUUAAUUAUGCGUAUCAAAGUAGUCAAGAACACCUACAAGACAACUAUGUGGAAAAAGUGGAAGAAAAUUCUCGAUCGGAGAAUGAACAAGUAGCCGUGCACGACAAUCAGUUUGUGCCAGAUUAUAUGACAGAAGGGACGCAUCAAUAUUCUCAGGAGUUUAUGGAUUCCCAAGAGGUUUAUAGCGAUACACCUUUCAUAAACAAUUCAUACGUCAGUGAUUACCAGGAUAUUUACACAUCUGUAGCAUCAGCACCACUUACUAAUAAAUCAAUGCAUUAUAAUACUUAUCAAGAAAAUACAUAUCCCAGAACUAGUGAAUCGUUGAAUCAUCAUUAUGGGAAUGAUAGUGAAAAAAUGGAGAUCGAGGAGACCUACCAUGUACCUCAGUAUGAGCAGAAAAGUAUGAUUGAGUCGUAUGAAGAACCGUCCAAGCACGAUAUUCAUCAGGACUCUCACACAGAUUCAUCAUUUAUCAAGCAGAAUUCUUUCGGUGAAUCGUGCCAACAAAAUUCCUCCCUCGCAUCGUACCACCAGGAUUCCUUUCCAGAAUCCUACACAGACUCGUAUAAAGAUAAUGAUGAUUAUCAUGAUUCAUAUGAAAAAGACAAUAAUAUUCAAUCACAUAAUUACACUAAACCAAUAUGUACUACUGCUUACGAUAGGGAAAUUGCCACGUCCGUUAACGAUCAACGGUAUACACAAGAGAAUUAUGACAACACAUACAAUAUCCCAUCGAGUACAUGCCAGCAAUCAUAUAAUGAAUACAGUGAUGAUCAUGCCCAAGUCGUACCGAGUACAAAUCAAUCUGAUCUUGAUUAUCAUCAAGAGUCAUUUAAUAAUCAGCAAAAUGAUUCGAUUCACUAUCAGGUCCCAUACAAUCAAGCCAGUGUUGUCUCAAUGGAAUACAAAAAUGGUUAUAAUGACGAUAAUUAUAGAAAUUGUGAGGAACCUUAUCAUCCAUCAUAUCAAGAGUCAUACCAAAAUGCAUACGGUGAUGUGAGUAAUGAGAGACAAACAAAUGAAGUGCCUGAAUUAUCGGUAACUACUCCCCGAGGACAAACAAGAACCAAUGGAUAUCAGUCUAGCGAGUCUGAAUAUUUUUAUCCAAGUGAAGAGGAUCAAAAUGGAAUACCAUUGACAUCAUCGAGAAAGAAAAAAUUGGGAAAGCGUGAUGUCAGCUCACUUGUUCAACAGAAUACCGAUUCACUGGAAUCCCGCGAUGACGAGUUAAAGGAUUCAUUUGAGACAGCAGUGAGUUCAGUAACGAGUAGUCAGCCGCGAAAAGUUCUCAGUGAAUAUUCCACAGCUGGAGAAUCGAGUCCAGUUGCCCCAAUGCACAUUGAGUCUCCAGCUUCUACGCAAUCACCAGCAAUAACCAUGAUUAAUCAUACCACUGCCCCCGAUGUACCCGUUAAUGUUACAACCACUGCGAUCAUACAUUCCAACAUUACGACUAAUGGUAAAAAAUCCCUGACAAGAACAGAGUCUUAUCUUGACGAUAAUUACCAGGCUGCAGAGGAUGACGAGUACAUGGCUAUGGAAGCAUAUCCUAAUGAACUUCAGCGAAAAGAUUCACAAUUAUCCCAUCAGAGUCAACACUCGAAUUAUUCUCAGAAACCCAAAUUAACCAGAGGAGAUUCUUAUGCAUCUGAUUACUAUGAUGAAACUUAUGAUGAGAGCAGAAGAGACUCAUUUGAAGCUGAUACUAAGUCAGAAUUGAGUCGAAAAAAUUCGUAUCAGCAACAGGACUUGUCUAGAGGCAAUUCUUUGUAUGGAAAAAGUAUCACAAAACCCCAGGCGAUAUCCAGAGCGGAGAGUUAUCAACGGGGCUAUUUCAAGGAUCAGGACUCAAUUGAUGAGACUGAGAUUGUUCUGAGCAAUGCCAUCAAUGGAGAAUACAAAAUGAGAGAUGAAACAUUGGAAAGGUACGAGAGAGGUGAGGAGGCACUUGCUCAGGGAUCAAGGGAAAAUUCCCUGGUCGAACCCUAUAAAAGUACACCGCCACUCUCGAGAUCGGCCAGCCCGAGAGGGAGCAUAAUAAAACAACCGUCUUUGGAGGAAAGUGUUCAAAUGGACACACCACCUAGAAGUCCACCAGAACCUCCAGCCGAUGAAGAGUUGAUGGAGCUUGUGGGUGCAGCACCUGUGCCAACUCAACUGAAAGAACGACCGGUUAUGACAGCCAAGCAGCGAUGGCAUUGGACCUACAAUAAAAUCAUCAUGCAACUGACUAAUGGCAGCGGUGGAGAUGGAGAACCUGGAGGUCGAGCGAAUGGGCGAGCGGGAGAGAAUACUUUCUACAGCACUAUCGAUAGCCGUCCAGACAUUCGACCACGACGGAAAUCAAUACCAUUGGUUUCCGAGCUGGUCUUGAAGACAAUGGCAGCAAAACGAAAUGCAGCUGGAUUGACCUCUGCCGUACCGAGAGCAACAUUAAAUGACGAGGAAUUGAAAAUGCACGUCUACAAGAAGACUCUGCAGGCUAUGAUCUACCCGAUCUCCUCGACGACACCCCACAACUUUGUAACGUGGACAGCAACAUCACCGACUUAUUGUUACGAAUGCGAGGGUCUUCUUUGGGGUAUUGCAAGACAAGGUGUCAAGUGUAUGGAAUGCUCCGUCAAAUGUCAUGAAAAAUGCAAAGACCUUCUCAAUGCUGACUGCUUACAAAGAGCUGCUGAAAAAAGUUCCAAGCAUGGAGCUGAGGAUAAAGCAAAUAGUAUAAUAACAGCCAUGAAAGAGAGAAUGAAACAACGAGAACGGGAAAAACCGGAAAUUUUCGAAUUAAUACGGUCAGUUUUUGGUGUUGACGAGAAGGCCCACAUCAAUCACAUGGAUUCGGUCAAGCAGACCGUAUCGGACGGCACAAGCAAAUGGUCUGCAAAGAUUGUGAUCACAGUAAUUAGUGCACAAGGGCUGAUCGCCAAGGAUAAAAGCGGUACUUCAGAUCCAUACGUCACGGUGCAGGUUGGCAAAGUGAAAAAACGUACAAAAACCAUGCCUCAGGAUCUCAAUCCAGUCUGGCAUGAAAAGUUUCAUUUUGAGUGCCACAAUUCUUCAGAUCGUAUUAAAGUUCGAGUGUGGGAUGAGGAUAAUGAUCUUAAAUCGAAACUUCGACAAAAACUAACACGUGAGAGCGAUGAUUUUCUGGGUCAAACAAUCAUUGAAGUGCGAACACUGAGUGGUGAGAUGGACGUGUGGUACAACCUGGAGAAACGAACGGAUAAGAGUGCUGUAUCGGGAGCUAUUCGAUUACACAUAAGUGUAGAAAUAAAGGGGGAGGAGAAGGUGGCCCCCUAUCACGUCCAGUACACUUGUCUACACGAAAAUCUAUUUCACAGUUUAUGUGAGAGAAAUAGCGGAUUGGUAGCAUUACCAGAGGCUAAAGGUGAUGAUGCUUGGAAAGUUUAUUUCGAACCACCUGGAGAGGAGCUUGUCGAUGAAUUUGCAAUGCGAUAUGGAAUUGAAAGUAUUUAUCAAGCAAUGACGCACUUUCACUGUUUGUCAACGAAAUACCUCUGCCCAGGUGUACCGGCUGUCAUGUCAACUCUCUUGGCGAAUAUAAAUGCUUAUUACGCUCACACAACAGCAAGCUCAGCGGUUUCCGCUAGCGACAGAUUCGCUGCCAGUAAUUUUGGAAAGGAAAAAUUUGUUAAACUACUCGACCAACUUCACAAUUCAUUGAGAAUAGAUCUGUCAAUGUAUCGCAAUAAUUUUCCAGCCUCGAGUCCAGAGAAACUCAUGGAUUUGAAAAGUACAGUAGAUCUUUUGACAAGUAUAACAUUUUUCCGAAUGAAAGUACAAGAAUUAUCCAGCCCACCGAGAGCAAGUAAAGUCGUUAAGGACUGUGUUACCGCUUGUCUGCGAUCGACUUAUCAAUUUUUAUUUUCAAACUGCGCUGAUUUGUAUAAUCGAGAGUACCAAACCUCCAGAGGAAGUGAGCCACGUCCACAAGAUAACGAGCCAACUCUUGAUUCACUGAAAUUUUGGGAUAUGUUGAUAACAUUAAUAAUAGCAGUGAUUGAAGAAGAUAGAAAGAGUUAUGGGCCAGUGUUGAAUCAAUUUCCCCAGGAAUUGAAUAUUGGUCAAUUAUCAGCAGCUGAAAUGUGGUCUCAAUUUGCUUAUGAUUUAAAGUAUGCGCUGGACGAGCACGAGUCAGAGAGAUUGUGCAAUUGCGCUGAUUAUAUGAAUCUCCAUUUCAAAGUUAAAGGUCUUUAUGAUGAAUUCGUUCAAGACCUACCAUCGUUCAAGGACGCUGUUCCAGAGUAUCCAGCUUGGUUCGAACCAUUCGUAAUGCAAUGGUUAAAUGCCAAUGAUGAUAAUUCACUCGACUAUCUUCAUGGUGCCUUUAAUAGAGAUAAGAAGGACGGUUUCCAGAAGAGUAGUGAGCAUGCACUAUUCAGUAAUUCGGUUGUUGAUAUAUUCACUCAAUUGACUGAAUGUUUCAAAGUUGUAUCAGAAUUGAAGUGUCCUGAUCCUGAAAUACGUAAACGCUACAUGAAACGCUUCGCUAAAACUAUUGUUAAGGUAUUAAUAACCUACGCUGAUAUUGUUAAAACCGAAUUCCCUUCCUAUCUCCAAGAGGAAAGAAUAGCUUGUAUAUUGAUGAACAAUGUUCAGCAAUUGAGAGUACAAUUGGAAAAAUUAUUCGAGAAAAUGGGUGGAACUGGAUUGGAGGAGGAUGCUGCUACAAUUUUGAAGGAACUCCAGCAGCAGCUCAACGGCUCGUUGGAUGAACUUGCUGUUAUUUUUGCCAAGAGUCUAGAACACAAAAUAACAGCAUCUGUCAAAGAAGUUGGCGACAGACUUGUCAAUAUCAAGACUAGUAAUCAGCAGAAUCAGCGGAGUACUGUAGAAGUUGAAGCUGAUGAUGUUUUGAGGCCUUUAAUGGAUCUUUUGGAUGGAAGUUUGUCACUUUACGCUGAUUCAUCCGAAAAAACAGUCUUCAAGAGACUUUUGAAGGAACUUUGGAAAAUAGUUAUUCGCAUUAUGGAGAAAACUGUUGUCUUGCCACCAAUGACAGAUAAAACCAUGGUUUUGAAGAACUUGACGGACAAUGCCAAGAACAUUGCGGCCAAUGCUAAAAUCGAGGACAUGUCUAGAUUAAUAAAAAAUCAUAUGGCUGGUAAACCAGAUGUGAAAAAUGCUCUCAGCGGUGUUAUGGAUAUUUCAAAGGAAGUCGAAAAGAAUUUAUCACCAAGGCAAUGCGCCGUUUUAGAGAAAGCCUUGAACACGGUCAAAGAUUAUUUCUAUGCAGAAGGGAGAGGUUUGAAGAAGCAGUUCUUGGAGAAAUCAGCAGAGCUUCAAAGCUUGAGAUACGCUCUGAGUCUCUAUACUCAAACAACGGACACCCUCAUCAAGACAUUCGUUACAACCCAACUAAACCAAAUGCCGCUGAAUGAUGCUACAACAUUACGACAACGUCAGCGCUCGAUGAGCAGCGAAAGGGGCGAAGAAGGCGAAGAUGGAGAUGGUAUGGAAGGCCUCGAAGAGCCUCUUCGCCAGAGCAAACCCCCACUUCGGAGGGAAAGUCGUCAAGAUACGAUGAAUGCGGAUGGCGGGUCUGUAGGCGAAUUGAGCAUUCAAGUUGAUUUAUUCACCCAUCCUGGCACAGGCGAACAAAAAGUGACAGUCAAAGUUGUAGCAGCGAAUGAUCUCAAAUGGCCUCUAGCAACUGGAAUGUUCCGACCUUUUGUUGAAGUGAAUUUAAUUGGACCUCACCUAGCAGAAAAGAAACGCAAACAUGCGACUAAAUCUAAAAGCAAUAAUUGGUCACCGAAGUUUAAUGAGACAUUCCAUUUUAUUAUUGGAAAUGAACAGCAACAGCUGGAUUACUUUGAGCUUCAUAUCUGUGUAAAAGACUAUUGUUUUGCACGAGAAGAUCGAUUAGUUGGAGUUGCUGUACUACAAUUAAAAGAUAUAAUUGAAGAAGGUUCCUGCGCAUGUUGGCUGUCACUGGGGAAACGAAUUCAAAUGGAUGAGACUGGCUGGACGAUACUGCGAAUUCUUUCACAGAGAAAUAACGAUGAGGUUGCUAAAGAGUUUGUGAAAUUAAAAAGUGAUAUACGCCAAGAGGAUCCAUUACCCAAUCCAACUUAAAAUAAUGGAUUAUUCGCUACAACGGUAGAGCAGUGACGGGAACAUUUCAUAUUUUUUCAACAAGCGUACAUUCACCCCAAACGUGGGCUAAAAUAAAAUAUUAAAUAAAGAGCUGAAGAAUGUCGCGGGAACAUCAAUUAUCUUAUUAAUGAAUUAUUGUGGCUUGUCGUCAAGUGACAAUUUAUUCGACUUGAAAAUUAAUAGAUCAUAAAAAUGAAUGUAAAAAGUAUAAUGAAUAUUAUCACGUCCGUCACCGUUAAUAUAUUAAACAAUAAAGACGUGGAUCACCGUCAUUGAGUAAUCAAUGAGAAAUGACGAACGUGAUGGGAUAUAUGAAUGUGCCGAAAACAUUUUCUAAAACACAUACAGACCAUUCAAGACGUUAAAUUCGAGAGAAAGGACUCGAAUUAUUUUUCAAAUUAAAAAUAAGUGUUUAUUAAAAAUCGAACCACAGCAAUGUCCUUAGACAGAUAUGGGCGGUUAAAUCAGACGAGAUAAAUCGUUGAUCGAUCAGAAUGUACUAAUGAACUGUAGAUAUUCAAUUUUCGUCAACGCGAAGACGAUUAAAAUGAAGAAAAAAUGCAUUUUUCUAAUAAAAGUUUGAAAUAAAAUUUUUGCGUACGACCAAUAGGCAAGUCAUGACGAUAUUCAUGGCAUGCCAUUUAAUUAUUAAAUAUAAGUUAAUCAAUGGGGAAAAAGAAAAUAUCUUAGACAUUAUAUCUUGUAAAAAAUAUGUAUUUACUUACGAAAAUUAACCAGAGAUUGCAAGAGUCUGACUGCUAUACACACCAUACAUAGAGUUGAACGACAAUGGAGAGCUAAAAGAACUGCAAUUUUUCAUCGCGGAUUCACUUCUUUCAUAAAUUGUUGUCAUUCACUGAGAAAUUGAUAGCCCAAAAACAGCGACAGUAUAAACAGAAGAAUAUAGUCCUAAAUGAAUAGACUCAUCGCUCAUGAUCGAAUUACAGAUAGAUUUGAGAAAAUUCACCACCAAAAAAAGAAAUAAAGACCUAUGUCCAUUUCAAGAACACAUGCCCCCCUGGAAGAAACAGCAACACUUUGUCAAAUCUAUCGGACAUCGUAUUAUAAUAUCGUAUUCUCUUCAGAAUUAUUGAAUAAAUAAAUAACAAAAUUAACGUAGUAACGUCUAGAUAAUGGGGAAAAACAGGUUGUAACGCAAACGCUUUUCAUGGAAAAAAGUCAAAAUAAAUGAAUUUGAAUUUUCAUCGCAGGCGGAGGAUAGGAUUUUUAAUAAUGUAGGAAGCAAUCAUGGAACCAAGGAAUAAAAGGAUUUGAAUAUAAGCCGAUUUUUAAGUUUAGGGGAGUGUUUUCCACAUGAUGUGCACUAGCACAAAAUGACUUCCUGUUCUUUUUCAAAAGAAAUCAGAAAAUAAAAUGACGGUAUCGACACAUCCUUAUGUGUAAAGAAGACUUAUGCAUCAUCACAUCCAUUGUUUUAUCGUUUGCUUUCUCCAAAAUCAUUGUGGACGUCUGGUUAAAUUCAUCUUUACGUUACAUUAUCAAUUUUCUAUCCAUUCCUCAAACUUUAUCUCGAAAUCUAUAGAAUUCCAAUAAAUUUUCUCUCUAUUAACUCGUUCAACGUGAUAUUUUACUAAUGUUAUCAUUAUUUUAUUAGUCAUUGUUGAUGCCAAUAUUUCAAUGAUUUACAGUUUCUAGACGCAUUGAAGUAUUAGCAUUAAAAAUAGCGAACAAUAGUGAACUCCCUAGUUACGGAGAAAAUUUUGGAAAACUCUGUCGAGUUUCAGACAAAAUUUUCUAAUCAGUAAUUACAUAAAACUAUAGAUACAUAUGUAUAUCCAUACAUGUACAUAUUUAUCUCGCAUAUUCUGUGAUAAUUUACCCUCAACUAUCAACACCGAAGACGUACCCAUUAAUAAUUUUCCCCAUAUUAUGUCCUUGUGCCACAAAAGAGGAAAAGGAAGUGAAGAAGGAAAUUAAUAUUGUCUGUGAAAAUUUAUCUUAUCAAAUAUUUCUUUAAACCGUUCAAUAACUUAGAUAGAAAGAUUUCCAAAUUAUUUAGUUUCUGCUUGAUGAGAGAAGUGAGACCGGCCUUCUUUUAUUUUUCAAAAUUCAAUUAGAUAUUCUAAUGUCAGCCUUCAGAUGAUCGUGUGAUUUUCUUCAAUUUAAACCGUACAUAGACUUGGGGCUUCAUGAAUCUCCAUCCUUAUGUCUACUGAUUGAAUUUUUCCACAAUUAUAGCAUUCCAAAUAAUAACUUAAUUACCAAAAUUAACAUACAACUUUAGAAUAAUAACGAUUUUAUGACUACUGGAUUGAAACUAAAAUCGCGACGUAUACAUGGAUUCAAGUGGGAAAUUAAAAGCAAAAUCUGUAGGAAGAAAUUUGAAUUAUCAGCACCAUACCACUUAGUAUUUCCAUUUGGCAUAUCUGUACCGACACUGAUCCCAAACAAGUAAUCAUCAAAGUCAAACAAUUUUUUGAGAUGUCAAAUGGCCAUGCUGAUAGUACAGUGGUGUAAAACUAGGACAAAUAGAGAAGAUGAGGAUUCGAAAGGUCAUUGAACCCCUGAGACGCGUAGUAAAAAGAGGAUCAAAAGAUGAAAACAUUUGUUGACAAUACUAUGCUUGAAUUGGGAAAAACAAAAUAAAAAAGAAAACAGGUGAACCAUUAUAAAAGACCUGUAGCGCAUGAUGGAAUUUUAUUAUCGUAUGCAAAGAGAAUGUUCAUAUUGUUUUGGGACAAACAUUAAAUUAAUAAUAAACACUUUAAUAUCGCAAUAAUUUAAAACAUGUAAAUUGCAUUGAAAACUCAGAUUUAUUAGCAUGUAAAUUCGGCGGUUGCGUGAGUUUAUUGAAUUAUGUGAAAAAAAAAAAUAUUAAAAAAUGAGUACAUUCAUAGUAUAUUUCAUCAUUAAUCUCCAACAAAGAGUGUUGUUAUAUCGUUGUUGUUGAAUGUUAAUAAUUCAAAAUUAUCAGUAAAAAAAAUAUUUGAAAAUAUUCGAGUUAAAACACGCACAUGUUACACAGAAAACAUUUCGACGACUGAUUAAGUAAAUUUGAUCAUGUCUAACGUGGAAUUGUAUGAGAAAAAGUAUUCAUUGUUAUUCUUCAUUAAAUUUCAUUUAUCGUUAUCGUUAUUCACCGCAAGCUUCGAUGUCUACGCAAUCAAUUUUUUCCAGUCGAUCUCAGCUAAUCAACAUUCAAAUAGUAGGUAAAAA